GAAAUCAGGAAGGUUGAUGUUUCUGACUGUAAAAUGUGGAUUUGGCUCUUAAACUCGAGGCUGUUCUGCUGGAGCGGGAUGAGAGCGGCUUCCUGCUGCAAGACUUCAUGGAUUAUUUUAACUCACGGGCGUGUUUUUAGUAAAUAACCUGCUGAUUGUAUCUCUGUAGAGAAGGAUUACUGCAGUUGUGUCGAUUUAAUGGAUGGAGGCCCUGUUUAACGAGUGGCUGUGGAAGGAGGAGUACUGGCUUCCUCCUGGCAUCGGCUGGCGGGACACGGAGAUGAAGGAGGGCGAGGGACGCUUCCCUCUGCCCAGGGACCUGCUCUACAGCUUGCCCCUGGCCGUCGCCUUCAUCGCCCUCAGAUAUGUCUUCGAGAGGCUCUUCGCUGACCCGUUGAGCAGACUCUUCGGUGUGAAGGACCAGGUUCGGCUUCCAGUCGCUCCGAUCCCGAAGCUGGAGACCUUCUACACACAGACCAGCCGACAACCUUCACACAGCGAUGUGGUGGGCCUGGGGAAGCAGUGUGACCUCUCCCAGAGAAAGAUCCAGACCUGGUUCAGGCACAGGAGGAACCAGGACCGACCCAGCAGGACCAAGAAGUUCUGGGAGGCCACCUGGCGUUUUCUCUUCUACCUCGGAUCCUUCAUUGGGGGGCUCGCCUCUUUAAUUAAUACUUCUUGGUUCUGGGAUCCCAGCGAGUGUUGGAGAGAUUAUCCCAAACAGCCCGUGGCCGACGCUCAUUACUGGUAUUACAUCUUGGAAAUGAGCUUCUAUCUGUCGCUGCUUCUGUGCGUCUCUGUGGACGUCAAGAGAAAAGACUUUAAGGAGCAGGUGAUCCAUCACAUCGCCACCAUUUUCCUCAUCGGUUUCUCCUACUGUGCAAACUUUGUGAGGGUGGGCACUCUGGUGAUGCUGCUGCACGACUCGUCCGACUUCAUCCUCGAGUCUGGCAAGAUGUUUCACUACGCCGGCUGGUCGUGGCUCUGCGACCCCAUGUUCAUCGUCUUCGCUCUGGUCUUCCUGCUCACCAGGCUGGUGGUGUUUCCCUGCAGAGUGAUCCACACCACCUUGGUGCUGUCCAUGGACUUCUUCCAGCCCUUCUUCGGUUAUUACUUCUUCAAUGCGCUGCUCUUGGUGCUGCAGGCUCUGCACGUGUUCUGGGCGUACCUCAUCCUGCGCAUGAUCUGGAAGUUUGCCUUCAUGGGCAAGGUGCAGGGUGAUGAGCGCAGCGACGAGGAGAGCGAGGUGGACGACGAUGAAGAGGAGGAUCAGGAGGAAGAGAACAGCUGGGCCCAAAGGAAGGGAACGAUCAACUCCAAACUGGCGUCGCUCGCUGACAACUGCGUCCUGAACAACCUGACCAACCAGAGGAGCAUCAGCAGCCGGCUGCCCAAAGCCAGAUAGUGGAGAUAAAGUACGAAUGAUUUCCCCUUAAAGUCUACUGGAGAUAUUAUCAUUUCUGACAUAUUGUAGAUCCAACAUGGUCCACUGAUGAUUUCACAUCACGGUAGGUCUGCAUCCUGCUUAUUAAAACUGUUUAAAUAGGUCGAAGAAGAACUGUGAUUGUACAUCUCACUGUGAGAUGAGGAGGAUCUUAACACACUGUAAUAUGGAGAGAUAUAUUUGGCAGAAAUGUGUCGUUUUCUGCAGAUUCAUAGGUUCUUUUUGUAUAUAUCGUUGUUUUAAUGCACCAAGAUACAAGUUCCUCGACUUAUUGUGUGGAUCUUUCUUUGGUUAACAAGGAAACCUAAAUGUUUCCACACAAAACCAAAUAAUGUGUUUUAAAAGAGCAGAAUUGAACAGCAAUUCGCUCCCACAGCUUUGUGCCGACGCACACGAUAUGUUUGAUUGUAUAUAGAAUAUUAAGAAUAUUGAUUGUAGUAAAUAUGUUGAUAAGCCACUUUGUAUAUCUAUUUUUUAUGAACUACUUAACAGGUAAUUGUUGUGUUGUUAGGUAAAGAAGAAUCGCUCUUGCAGUUGUCGCUUAAGGAGGAUUAAGUUAUAUUUUUCUGUUUUAGGAUUUAAUUGUGUCAGCUAAAGACGCCCUUUAUGCUCUUUUGGGUUUUCCCUUUCCUGUAGUUCGUUCUACGGGUUUUAAUGCAUGUAAAUGGUCUCUCGCACACUCACAACUAGCGCUCCAACACAGUGUACGUGCUAAACUAAGGGGCGGGGACAUCUCUAAGCAGUUUGACCAAUCCCAACAGAGCCGUCCAGCUAACCAAUCAGAGCAGACUGGGCUCUGGUUUCAGACAGAGGGUGAAAAGAGGUGCUGCAGCACAGGCAGUAUGAGAAACAUAAAGAGCUUUUUGAACAUUAAAGCAUGGAGGCAGUAGAGGACUAAUACGGCCCCUUUAAACUUCUUUCUUAGAAGAGAUAUGGCGCCCCCUAGUGCACAAGGAAGAGCAUAUCACGCCCCGUGUCUUACACAGAUUCUGCCUUUAGGAAGAAAUGUAAUGCUCCUAGAAAUACAUACUGAAACUAUAUGUGUGUGUGUGUGUUUUAAUAUGUGAAGCAGCAUGAUUGUUUAACUAACGUUGUGUUAAGGUUUGCUCUGCUGGACUUUAGCUUUGUGCCUUGGCUGCUGUUUUCUACACUGUUUUUGUUCUGUGUGUUGGUAGGAUCCACUGAGCAGGUUUUUACAAUAACUGUUAAAAUGUUUUGCUUUAAAUGUUGGCUAGUAAAAAGUAAGCCAUGAAAUGUGUGCAAUCAGACGGACAUUAGUGACUACAGAGGUCAAAUGCUUUAUCAAAUGUAAAGGAUUCUUAUACAGUUUGAAGGCGUAUUUGGAUACGACUGCACCAGGAUUCACUACUAACAGACCAUAGAGGUAAUUUAAUGUCUACAUGUAUUCAAACACAGUGAAAGAGACAUAUACUAACAGUAUAGCACAGAGAUAUUGUUGAGAGAUCAUCAUCACUCGCUGACUACCAUAAACAGGUGUUACUUUUUCUUUUCACAGUAGUUGAAGCAACUCUUUUAACGGGACAUAUCAUACAACACAAAAAUCCUUUCCAGUAGCUGUUGAAGACGUUUGUGAAUCUGGAGUCCAUACCAACCCUCCACGUGUGACAAUGCAAAGAAAACUGUUAGAUCUUUUGUGAAAAUGCUUUUUUAGGAGGUAAAAACUGAGCAUUUUAGACAGAAAGUGAAUACAGGUAAAUUCAGACGGAGACAUUAAGUGUUUUUAGAAACCUGAAAUACCGUGAUAUGUCUCCUUUAAGAUAAUGCUGAUAGAAACUGGGUUGUAAUAGCACUGAGGCUCACACACGAUCAAGUUGUAUAACCCAAACUGUAAAAUAGAUAUUUAUAAUAAACCAGGGGAAAUGUGACGCUAACACUUGACUGUUCUCCCAUGAGCGCACAUUGACGCGUUGAUUGAACGGCCCGUUGUAAUAAAAGACUUCUAUUAAA